AUGACGAGCAUAACAUCCAUCUUCAUAUUGUAUCUCCUACGCUUCACUUACCUCAUUGGCGUCUCGGCCACGGACAAUAAUCACGAUGAUAACGUUGUCAAGACAUACUCCAUCCCGGAUGGGAUAGCAAUAAUGGACUCGUAUACCAUACGAGCCCGGGCGGCGAAUUCUGCUACCAGCAAUCUCGUAUCAUCAUACCAAGUACUUGCAGCUGAGGCUAACAUAACCUCCGGGGCGGGAAUUUAUCACAACAUGUCUGUUGCCUACUUUGACUUUUCCGGCACGGUCCAUCUUUCCAUCACCUAUAACAACGGCCCGAUUCAAAAUGCUACCGUCAGGCCCCUGUCAUACGGCAUCAAACCGAGCGUGUCCGGCAAUGUAGUCAGCUUUAGUCUGCACCGACCCAGGAACAUUGUCGUUGAGGUCAAUGGCAAUAUUUGGGAUGUGCUCAACCUCAUGACAAACCCGCUCGAGACUGACAUGCCUGACCCCUCCGAUCCUGACGUGCUCUACUUUGGCCCAGGCAUCAAUAAUGGCUCAGCUACAGCAAUGCAGUACAUACAAGACGGCCUGCUCAAUGUCCCUUCUAACAAGAUUCUUUAUCUUGCCGGCGGAGGGGUCCUGACAACAAUCGUGCAGUUCAACAAUGUUACGAACUCGCAGUUACGAGGAAGAGGUGUGGUAAAAAGCAGCGGCGGCAAUAUGCAAGUCGGCAACUCCACAGAUAUUAUCGUCAGGGACGUCAUCCAAUUCAACAGCGGGCUCGUUAUUGGUUCAUCAAAGAGAGUUCUUGUGUCUGGUCUCCGGUCGUUCACUUGGGCUGGUAAUGGUGACGGUAUGGAUCUGUUCUGUGACCAAGACGUGGUCGUAGAGAAUGUGUUCCACCGCAACUCCGAUGACAACGUAGCCAUAUACCAGCACCGUGACAACUGGUAUGGCGACUCAAAGAACAUAACCAUUCGAGACUCUUCGCUGUGGGCCGACUACGCACACCCAAUCAAUAUCGGAACACAUGGAAAUACCCAGAACCCCGAGACAAUGGAUGGCAUCAAGAUAGAGAAUAUUGACAUAUUGGAUCAUCGGGAGUAUCAACUUUGGUACCAAGGAUGCAUUGCCAUCAACGCCGGCGACAGCAAUAUGAUACAGAACAUCCACGUUGAAAAUAUCCGCGUCGAGAAUUUUCGCCAUGGCCAGCUCGUCAAUCUGCGAGUCAUGGACAAUACCAUGUACAACACCUCGCCAGGCCGGGGAAUCAAGAAUGUCUAUAUCAAGGACAUGGUUUACAAUGGCAACCAUAGUCUCACGUCCCUCGUGCUGGGGUACGAUCAAGAACACAACAUAACUAAUGUCGUCUUUGAGGGCCUGGAGAUCAAUGGGCUAACCAUAUGGGACGGGAUGCAAAAGCCGGCUUGGUACAAGGAGUCGGACUACAUACCCAUGUUUGUGAAUGAGCAUGUGUUUAACAUAUCCUUUCUCCAGAGAUGA